AUGGGCACGGUCCAAGAGAUUGUCGAGCCGCAGUGCCAGGCGCUCAAUCUCUCGGAUUCCCAGCGGUGCACGUCACAGGCUACUGCCUACGACAACCUGUUUUGCAGAUUCCACGCCAGGCAAUGUUUUGGCCUCUAUAUGGGCUACAAGCGCCGCAAUGCCGAGCUGGACGCCCUGGCCGCCCAGGAGCCCGAGUUUCUGCGCGCAUCCAAGAUACCGCGAGCCAGCCAUACCUUUGAAGGCAUCACGUCCGAAGACCACAUCCGUGACGUGCACGAGUACCUGUUCAAGCAGUAUGUGUUGCUGGGAAAGGUCAUCUCGGCCCGCAAGCUGCACCACAAGCACUUCUUCUCCCUCGAGAUGGACUAUGGCCACAAGGCCUACCUGGACAAGCUCGUCAGCACCCGCCACUCGGUCCUCAAUGCCCUGGAGAACCUCGAGAGGCGGACCACCCAGCUUCUCUACGAGGAAGAGAAGUGGUUCACUUGGGUGCGCCAGGUGCAGGAUGACGAGGACCAGAACCGUGAGAAGGAGCAAAAGAAGGUCAAGCUCGAGGCCGCCCUGUUCCGCCGCCACUGGCGCGAGAUGGAGGCACGGCUUGCCGCUUCCCGGGAGAAGGAGGACAGGAAGCGCCAGGAAGCAUAUCUAGACGAGGUCUGGAAGGAGCGCAUGGCGGCCGACUCUGACGCUGAGGGCUGGGAUCCCAUCGAGGACAUGCUCGAAGAGGACAGGCAGCGCUACCUCGAUCUCAUCCGCCAUUUUCUGUGGAUGGAUCCUCCGGCGCGUGAGGGGGUCGCGGUCCAGGAGCCGGAUGGGCAGCCUGAGAAGGCUCCUGAGCCUGCUCAGGAAACUGGGGCAGCUCAUGGCGACGGAGAGCAACCACCGUCGGGGUCCGCCAAGAAAACGAAAAAACGAGGCGGAAAGAAGAAGAACAAGGCUGGGCAGUCCAGUGUAGUUGCAUCGCAAAUCGCAUCAGGGACGCCUAUCGUUGACAAGCUGGCCGCCAGCACAGCAGCCAAGCUCAAGAGCGAAAACCGAAAGAUGAAACAAGAGCUCGAGUUGAACAAGGCCAGGAUUGAGAGCAAGGAGGAGAUCUACAAGAGGCUCAGGGAGGGCGUAAAGAAAGACUACAGCCACGUCGACGGGCCCAUGAUCGUGGGGACGGCCAACAAUCCGCAUGAACUGAUUGAUCGGACGGCUCCGGUCAAGGACGAAGACAUCUCGAAGCUCAUUGCAGACAUUACCGAGAUCAAGAUGUUUCUCUUCUGUCGGCAGGUCAUGUCACACCCGGCCCUCCUGCCAGCAGCGCUACGCGCCAACAGUGUCGAAGAGUUUCUGUCGGACCCCUCCAUCGCCGACUCGGAUCUCCGCGACCUCUGCCUCCAAGUCGAGCAGCCGACCUACGAGGCGCUCCGUGAUGCCUGCGCAGACUUUGUGCGCGGAGACGAGCCUGACGACGACGACAGGAACCAUCACGAGGAUAAAGUCGACCUUCGGCCAGCCGCCGAGUAUAUCCGCGACCAGAUCCGGUACGAUGACUUGGGACACGACUUUCCCAUUCGGGCGCUGAGCGCUCUGUAUCGCGAGUCUAACCCCAGCCAGAAGCAGCUCCUGGACGCAGUUUCCAGUGAGAGCGAAGCCAAGGAGAAUGAGAGGAAAAUGAAAGUACGCAUCUGUGGGCGCACCAUCUGGAACUACGCUAGCCAGAGGAGCAUGGCCCGCUCCGGAUGGCUGCAUUUCUCCAUCAUGGCCAAGGACUGUGAAUUUCAGGAUGCCAUCGGCCUCUGCCGCAACUGGGACGAGUUCUUCGAACUGCACAUCUUGACGCUGUGGCAGUACUUCCCCGCCUCCAAGUGGACAGGAUGGAGCGGAAAUUACCUCACCGAAGAGUUGACCCAACUGGGGUUCGUGCCCUUCUAUAUGGACACCUCCGCCCGAGAGCAUACGACGUACAACCACCUCGGCAGCCUGUCUCGCAAGAUGCUGCGGCGGCAGCAUAUCAUCACCGAGUCGCGGAACUACGUAUGUGCACACAUGAAGCGCAACGACCCCGUCACCCGGCGAUUUAUCCAAUAUGCCGUAAUGCGUCCUGGAGAGCACUUUAUCCUGGUUCGCGAUGGCAUCGACGGCCGCAUCGUCGUGGCUCCGGACAAGAAGCACCGCUGGCUGGUGCGCUCGAGACGGGGCGUCACGGCCACGGGCCGCAACCAGCACGACGACAACUGGUACAUUGAGCUCGCUGUCGAUCCUGGCUUCUUUGCUGUGACCGAAAUGGCGCGUGACUGGCACUUUGGCUUCGACAGUUACUACGAGAUUUACAUGUGGGACCAUGUGCCUGGGCAAAGUCCCAUGGAUUUGUACCACCGUAUCAAUGAGAUGUUGAGUAAAGCCCGCCGUAUCAGGGGCCACCGGGACAAAUAUGCCCACAUGAAGCACAUCAUGGAGACUCUCACCCGCGAACAGGACACCAAACGAGUCCGUCAGAUCAAGCCCGGCGAAAACGCCAAGAGCUUGUACGACGAAUACCCUGGACGAGAUGCCGAGUUCUGGAUCAAGACGACCAAGUCCGGGCCGAUGAUCAGGACGAAUGAGGACAUUGCACCCGGCGUCAGCCCCUACCUCUACUACAACGACACGGAUGCUGCCGAAGACGCCGUGCUAUUCGAGGAAGAACUGCAAGAAGGCUUCCCCGAGAACAUGCCGUUUAGAGAAAUCAACAACCCUCUCCGGCAGCUCGAGGAGUCGCGUCUGCCUCUGAACGUGAUGAACAGGACCAUCAAACACCUGGAAGACUCGAUGCCCCCGGAACUGGCUAAGGCUUUUGGCGUCAACCGGAGGCUCGACGGCGCCGGCGAGGAGUCCACCGGUUCAUCUCGCUCUCUGUCCGAAUUUCAGCCAUACGUCCCGGGGUGUGGCCAGUUCCCGUACAGUGUGCCUCCCAUCUGGGAGCAGGCCUACAAGGGAAUUGCCAGUGCUGCCAGAGAUGCCGAACGUGCCCGUCUGCUGAAGAGGUUGAGUUUCUCGUCUGCCCGACUCAAGCUGUCCGACGACGAGAUCAACGGAAUGUCUGGCACGCAGGAGAUUAUGGAAAGGGACAGAUCCUACGUAUAUAAGGAUUCCUUCCACCUCGGAGACCUCGAGCCUGGCGCCCAGGAUCGGUACAAGGAGGCCAUGGACCUCAUUAUUGGCGUGCAAAAAUACCAGUCUCCUCGACCAGAUGCCCAUCUCGAUUGGGCCUGGUUUUGCAUGGAACUCGUUGACUGGGUAAGCCUCGAGCUGUACUACGAUGAGUACGACCCAGAGCCCCUGAGCCCCUGGCCGCACAGGUACAUCGUGCAGGAUAUUGUGCAGGCCUUUACGACCAUGGGUUUGUUCUUCCCUGGUGUCCGCGAGACGUCCAUCAUCCAAGAGUUCCUCGAGUCUGAGCAAGGAAAGGGCUUCAAAUUUAGCAAGAUUUUUGAUGCGGCUUACCGAUGCUCGAAGCGGCCGGAUGUGCGGACACGCACAAGCUGUUCUUAUCGGCCCAAAGCGUUCUGGAAGGACUGGGAGAAUUUGUACGGGGGUGAGAAGCACUGGCAGGACGAGUACCCGUUCGACUGGGCCAUGACGGUCAAACCCAUCAUUGCAAAGCUUCUCCAGGCCACCCGCUCUCUCGUUCCUGGCUUCGCAACCGCCAGCAUCGAACCCCACCGCCCGGGCCAGCUCGACCUCUUCAUCAAGUUCUACAACCUGGACGAGUACUGGCAGAAUGUGCCCCCAACCUUUAUCGACUACAAGGACUGGCCGGAACUGCUGCCCGCGGCGCGCCACUUCGCCAGCAAGUGCAAAGCGAACGGUAAAUUGGCCAGGUUCACGCUCCUCCGCCUGUGGUCGGCGCCGCACUUUUACCCGCUCAUGAUGACGCUCUCGCGGCGGCCGUCGGCCUCGUUCGUCGACCCGACGGGCCGAGUCUGGGAGUGGAAGUUCAUCCCCAAGGACAUGGCGCUGAGCGAGUGGAGCAUCCACAACGCCGUCUUGCUGCGACUGGGCUACCUGCGCGAGCAGAUGAUGGGCCUCGGGCUCGGGUUCCAGGUCCCGCCCGCCGAAAAGAAGUUGGCCGAGGUCAAGUUCAGCGGGCAGGACAAGUGGCAGCGCGGGCGGUGCGAGAUGGACGAGCGGGUCGUGCAGCGCGGGGAUUUGGUUCUGGUUAUGGGCGAGGAUGAGAGGGAUUUACUGCGGUGGAGUACCGUGGUGACGUUUGCGCUGCAGACGAAGCCUUGGAGCAAGGAGGUGGAUUUGUGGAAGAGCUUUGUCAAUGUGGAUCUGGACUUUUUGGAGGGAUUGGAUGAGUUUUGGUUGGAUUAA